AUGCUUGACAGUGAACCGAAACACCAAACGGAAGUGUGUUGCAUGACGAUAUCGGAACUGAUAGAACAUAAACAAAGGCAACGGAAUGACAAUGCUGAUGCGGAAGACGACUGUAGGGAAAAGUUCCCUUCGGUCGGCCCAAUACUGACAUCGAAAUUGGGAGGCUUUUGCAAUCGAAAAUUUCUACUGAAACGACUUCCGAUACUGCAAUGGUUGCCGGAAUACGAAGCAAGCUUCCUGCUAGAAGAUAUCGUGGCUGGACUUUCCGUUGGUUUGACCGUGAUUCCGCAAGGAAUUGCGUUCGCCGUGAUGGCCAACCUGGAACCACAGUACGGACUGUAUUCAGCGUUCAUGGGAUGCUUCGUGUAUUGCGUGUUUGGAAGCUGUAAGGAUCUUACCAUUGGACCAACGGCCAUUAUGGCACUUAUGGUACAAGUGUACGUUGGCAGUCUCGGAGCAGAUUUUGCCAUUUUGCUGACAUUUUUGACCGGCUGUAUUAUCCUGAUGUUUGGCUUGCUAAAUUUAGGAUUUUUGGUGCAAUUUAUAUCGAUGCCCGUGACUGCCGGUUUUACGUCAGCAGCCGCCAUCACGAUUGCAAGUGGACAGGUUAAAUCUCUGCUGGGACUGCCGGGGCGCUCGAACGAGUUUGUACAUUCAUGGAUCAACGUGUAUCAACACAUCGGAGAAACAAGGCUGUGGGAUGCAGUGCUGGGCGUAGUAACAAUUGUUAUGCUUUUGAUACUACGAAGCUUCAGAGGCAAAUGGAACGCGAUGGGUAAAUACCUUGCUUUAGCACGUAAUGCAGUCGUCGUUAUUGGAGGCACCGCAUUGGCCUAUUACUUCUCCACCGUGGGAAGCAAUCCUUUCUCCUUGACAGGAGCAGUAACACCGGGUCUACCACCAGUUGAACUUCCACCGUUCACAACCGUGCUUAACAAUCAAACGAUCGGAUUUAGUGAAAUGACAUCAAAGCUUGGUUCGUCGAUCAUAGCGCUUCCAUUGAUAGCCAUCCUGGAGACGAUUGCCAUCGUGAAAGCUUUCUCAAAGGGCAAAUCCAUCGAUGCUACUCAGGAACUAGUCGCCCUGGGAAUGUGUAACAUCUUCGGCUCGAUCGUAUCGUCCAUGCCGAUUACCGGAUCGUUUACCAGAUCGGCAGUGAAUAAUAACAGUGGUGUACGGACACCGCUGGGUGGUAUUGCGACCGGUAUAUUGGUGCUCUUGUCACUGGGACUGUUAACUGACACGUUCUACUUCAUUCCCAAAUCCGUUCUGGCGGGAGUAAUGAUAGCGGCAAUGUUUUUCAUGAUCGAGUUUCAUGCCGCCAUUGAAAUAUGGCGAACAAAAAAGGUAGACAUCAUACCGUUCAUUGUGACUUUGGUGUCGUGCCUAUUGCUUGGCUUGGAGUAUGGUAUGGUGAUCGGUAUCGUGUUGAACAUUUGUUUCAUUCUGUACAUGACAUCACGGCCAAAAAUUGAUCAGGCGCUUCUACGCACGCGGUCCGGCAUCGAGGCCAUGGUCGUGAAACCGGAUCAGAGUCUUAUCUACUCCUCUAUUGAGUACCUGAAGCAUGAAGUUGUGAAAAUGACGGAUAAGACUCAAGUGGCAACCGUGAUAAUCGACGGUAGCAACGUCAGCUAUGUCGAUUGUACUGCCGCCAAAAUAUUUUCAAGUAUCGUCGACGAAUUGGCCAUGCGCGGACGCACAGUGUUGCUGUGGAAUUGGAAUCGCUCGGUAAGGUGUACCUUGAUACGGUUGAACAAGGAACAAUUUUAUCCUCUAUUUAAACAAGGCGGCCUAGAGCAAUUAGACAAAGAGGUCUGUAGCGAAAGUGUACCCUAG